UGUGUAACGUGCGGGGAGGCAGUCAGCGUUGUUUACAGGGCAGGGAGGCCAUCGCCGUCCCAGCCCGCUCCUCCCCUUGCUAUGUACUUAGCCCGGGGAAGAGACAAGGGAGGAGACUUCCAGAUCCCAUAUAACCCCCAGCCCCGGACUGCCUGGAUUAGUAAAAAUAAAAAAAUAAAAGCCAUCUGUGCCCAGCAGCCUUCAGCAGGACUCCGGGACAAGAGGCAGCAGCUGAGACGCCCGCCCUGCCACCCACAUCUGGACAGCGACCGGUCGUAACCAUGUCUACGCAACUUCAGGACCUGAAUUUUGGGGAGGGAAAGCCUCUGCUGGUGGAGAAGGAAGAGGGAAUUACUGUAUUAAUGCAAGAGUAUGAGAUUCAGGAACAGGACAUUGAAACGGCUCACGGGAUUGUCCAUGUCACCAUGUGCGGCACCCCCAAGCUGAACAGACCCGUGAUUCUCACAUACCAUGACAUUGGAUUAAACCAUAAAACAUGUUUCAAUUCACUCUUCAACUUUGAAGACAUGCAUGAAAUCACCCAACAUUUCUCGGUGUGCCACGUAAACGCCCCGGGCCAGCAGGAAGGAGCUGCAUCAUUUCCCGCAGGUUAUGUAUAUCCAUCAAUGGACCAGCUGGCAGAAAUGCUCCCUGGCGUCGUUCAGCAGCUUGGGUUGAGGUCGGUAAUCGGAAUGGGGAUCGGAGCUGGAGCCUACAUCCUUACAAGAUUUGCCCUAAAUCACCCCAGCAUGGUAGAGGGCUUGGUGUUGAUCAACAUUAACCCUUGUGCAGAAGGCUGGAUGGAUUGGGCAGCCACCAAGAUUUCUGGAUGGACGAAUGCCUUACCUGAUAUGAUUAUUUCCCAUCUGUUUGGAAAGGAGGAGAUCCACAAUAACCACGAACUCGUGGAGACCUACAGGCAGCACAUUAUCAACGACAUUAACCAGAACAACCUACAGCUCUUUGUCAAAUCCUACACCAGCCGCAGAGAUCUAGAGAUCGAACGUCCCGUUCCUGGAACAAAUGUGGUCACUCUGAAGUGUCCCGCGCUGCUGGUUGUCGGCGAUAGCUCGCCUGCUGUUGAUGCCGUGGUGGAAUGUAACUCAAAACUGGACCCAACCAAGACUACAUUGCUAAAGAUGUCAGACUGCGGAGGGUUUCCUCAAGUCGUACAGCCUGCAAAACUUGCAGAAGCCUUCAAAUACUUUGUCCAGGGCAUGGGCUACAUGCCCGCAGCCAGCAUGACCAGACUGAUGAGGUCCCGCACAGGCUCCGGUGCCAGCGUUUCCUCCCUUGAUGGCAACAGAAGCAGAUCCCACACAAACGAGGGAUCCAGGAGCCGCUCCCACACUGGAGAUGGAUCCCGAAGCAGGUCUCAGACGGGAGACGGGAAUCGCAGCCGUUCCCAUACAGACACCAAAAUGGACGUAAACAACGCAGACCACAACACUGCAAAAUCCAUGGAGGUUUCCUGCUAAAGCGGGGUUACGUCAAACGGAUGAGAACACGCCUGCCAACUGCACAGAUCGGGGUGGAAAAAAGUUUUUUUUAAAAUAAAAAUAAACUUUAACCCCUUCACUGCCAGGGGCCCUCUGUCAGCAAAUGGGUUAAACAUGAUCUACAACUCUAAGCACUGGUGAUAUUUGUGGACCAAAGAUAGCUAAGAGCAAACUUUAACCCUUUGCCCGCCAACGUGGUUUAACCCUUAACACAUGAUUAGCUGCUAUUUGUGCUUUACACUCCAAUGUACCACUAAGAUAUAAGGCCCAGCUAUUAACCUAAGACUAGAAAUGAUAUAGGAUAUUUGAAGCCCGUUUGUAUACUAUCAUUCCUUAAACCCGCAAUAUAUUUUCUGCAAUAUCUUCACUGCUUGGGGUAUUUUUUUUUUCCUUAUUGUAAAUAUCCAACCAUUAAAAAAAAAAAAAAAAAAAAAAAAAAGAUAAAAAAAGGGGAAGGAAAAAGCUGGAACAGUGUAAAUAUAUAAUUGAGAAAAUAUUUAUAAAUGUUUUGUGCAUUUAAAAAAAAAAUCUAUUUUAAUAGAUUAUAUCUAGAAUAAACCGGCGAGGAGCGGCAUUUUUUGUACGUACAAUUAUAUUUCAGAUUUUAUUAAACUCUUAUCGGGAAACUAAAAACAUUACUGAUGAUUCCAAAAUAAUUUCUUUAAUGUUCCUUUUAAUACCAAUUUAUAUAUGUAUGAAUUUAAUUAAACAGGAAAGCAAUCUGAGGCUUUUUUUCUAAAAAUAAAUAAAUAAAAAAAAUCAAAUCUUA